UUGAAUUCUUUAGUUCCAACCAAGCGAGUCAAAAGUCAAGAUGUUCAUCAAGAGCUUUCUUCUGCUGUCGGCAAUCAACAUCCUUUCCGCAGGACGAGUUCCCCAACCGGAAGAACGCAUCAUCGGUGGAAUGGAUAUUGAAAUAGAAGAUGCUCCGUGGCAGGUGGCAGUACUAUUGCGAGGACGUCAUUAUUGUGGUGGCUCCAUUUACAGCAAGAACAUUAUCAUCACUGCUGCCCACUGCCGCUAUACCAUAGAAGGGGAAGAACUUAAAGCUGAAGACUUUCAAGUUCGCGUAGGAUCCUCAUUGAAAAACCGCGACGGAACUCUAAUCAAUGUGGCAGCAAUUGAAUCACACGAGAAGUAUAACAAACCGAAAUUUGCAAACGACAUUGCUGUAAUGCGACUAAGUGAGCCACUUGAGUUCUCCAACAAAGUGCAGCCGAUCCCCUUAGCCGAAAAAAAUCCGGCUCCUGAAACUCUUGCGAUGACUACAGGCUGGGGAGCAGUGAGAGUAAUACCUUUAGGAAAUGGAGAGGCAUGGAAAGAAUAUCCUGAACAUCUUCAACGCGUUGACCUUCGCGUAAAACGUUGUUCGAAAUAUUUUUCUGACAACUCUGAGGAAAACAUUUGUGUCCAUUCGGUUGGACAAGCGACCUGUUCCGGCGACUCUGGAGGACCUUUGGUUGUUGACAAGCAACUUGUCGGUGUGACCUCAUGGGGUCUAAAUGAUUGCAGUACAUUUACAGCCUUCGCAGGCGUUCCCAAUAUUCGGAACUGGAUUUUAAAGGCCAUUGAAAUUUUCCAACCAAGCGAGUCAAAAGUCAAGAUGUUCAUCAAGAGCUUUCUUCUGCUGUCGGCAAUCAACAUCCUUUCCGCAGGACGAGUUCCCCAACCGGAAGAACGCAUCAUCGGUGGAAUGGAUAUUGAAAUAGAAGAUGCUCCGUGGCAGGUGGCAGUACUAUUGCGAGGACGUCAUUAUUGUGGUGGCUCCAUUUACAGCAAGAACAUUAUCAUCACUGCUGCCCACUGCCGCUAUACCAUAGAAGGGGAAGAACUUAAAGCUGAAGACUUUCAAGUUCGCGUAGGAUCCUCAUUGAAAAACCGCGACGGAACUCUAAUCAAUGUGGCAGCAAUUGAAUCACACGAGAAUGCAGCCGAUCCCCUUAGCCGAAAAAAUCCGGCUCCUGAAACUCUUGCGAUGACUACAGGCUGGGGAGCAGUGAGAGUAAUACCUUUAGGAAAUGGAGAGGCAUGGAAAGAAUAUCCUGAACAUCUUCAACGCGUUGACCUUCGCGUAAAACGUUGUUCGAAAUAUUUUUCUGACAACUCUGAGGAAAACAUUUGUGUCCAUUCGGUUGGACAAGCGACCUGUUCCGGCGACUCUGGAGGACCUUUGGUAGUUGACAAGCAACUUGUCGGUGUAACCUCAUGGGGUCUAAAUGAUUGCAGUACAUUUACAGCCUUCGCAGGCGUUCCCUAUUUCCGGAACUGGAUUUUAAAGGCCAUUGAAAUUGUUUGAUCAUAUAUCGGUUACCAUCGAAAAUAAAUAAUAUGACAUUGAAAAUUUA